UGCGGAUGCGCGUCAUUCGUCCUUCCGCUCGCGCCUGCGCAAAACGGUGGCCCUCCUCUCGCUGGCUUCCCCCUGAGCAGCAGCUGUUGAGUGUGGCCGCUCCCCAACGUCCCUGAAUAUGUAUACCUGUGCAAAGUUCGUCUCCGCUCCCGCCCUUGUGAGGAACAGCUCCCAGCUGCUCUGCAGGCCCAUUUCUGCCUCUCUACUGAAUCGGUUUGAAGGCAGGACGAGCGAGCCCCGCUGCAUCUCUGCUACGCAGAAUGAGCUCUUGCCGGUGUUGCGCCGGGAGUUCCAAACCAGCGCUGUCUCCAGGGACAUUGACACUGCCGCCAAGUUUAUCGGUGCUGGCGCUGCCACCGUGGGUGUGGCUGGCUCUGGUGCUGGCAUUGGGACCGUAUUUGGCAGUCUCAUCAUUGGUUAUGCCAGAAACCCUUCCUUGAAGCAGCAGCUCUUCUCCUAUGCCAUCCUGGGUUUUGCACUCUCCGAGGCCAUGGGCCUGUUUUGCCUGAUGGUGGCUUUCCUCAUUCUCUUUGCCAUGUGAAGGAUCCCGACGUGGCCGCCUGCCGUGCGCUUCCCACUCAUUCCUCUGUGUUUAGUCCCGUGUGUACUCCAGCCUGAUGUUCUGCGGCAGAUCGGGAGAGCCUGUCCGUUAACUGAAUCCGUCUGGCUCAGAGGGGGAAAGAGAAUAAAUACUGUAUUGAUAUACA